ACUGUGUGCCUGUGUGUUUAACUAGUUCCAGCUGACUGAACUCACCACCCUUUGAUCUUGCAUCACCCUUGUGUCUACACACAAUUAUACACAAAACCCACAUUUGUUUUCAUUUUCUGAGGCUAUUUGCUGCAACCCAUUUUUCAUUUUCCUCAGAAUUUGCAUUGAAGGGCUGGCAAUUCAGACAAGAGGGGUCCUACUGCUUUGUUUUUGGGUCCUCUUCAAUCAUUUUUUUUUUCAAUUUUGUUGGUAAAGAUUUGAUCUUUUUAUCUCUCUUCAACUUCCCAUUUCAUUUUAUUGGUCUUUUUGAUCUUGAUCAAGAAACCCAAGAAUUCUUUCAAUUCUUUUUGGGUCUUUGUGGUGUUUGAUUGACAUUUUGGUUGUUUUUUGUGGUUUUUUUGGUGGUUUGGGCUUGAAGGGUUCUUGGAGAUCUAAGUCAAUGAAGAGAUCUUUUGCUUUGGUGGCUUUAGUUCUGGAACUAUUAUUGUUUGGUGAGCCUCCUGGGCUUGUCAGUGGAAGCUCACUUUGUAGAGAGACUAGUUCGUUGAUUGUUCGUCCCCACAGUGUCUCUAUCACCGAAUUCGGUGCAGUUGGUGAUGGGGUGACAAUGAACACUAAAGCAUUUGAGAAUGCAAUCUUUUAUCUUAAUUCAUUUGCUGACAAGGGUGGGGCCCAGCUUUUUGUCCCAGAAGGGCGGUGGUUGACAGGAAGCUUCAUGCUCAUCAGUCACUUAACUUUGCGGUUAGAUAAAGAUGCACAGAUUCUUGGAUCUACGAAAUCUGAUCAUUGGCCAGUCAUCGAUCCUUUACCAUCUUAUGGCCGUGGUAGGGAAUUGCCUGGCGGAAGGCAUAGAAGCCUUAUUUUUGGACGCAAUUUGACAGAUGUUAUUAUAACAGGUGAUAAUGGCACGAUUGAUGGUCAAGGCAGUGUCUGGUGGAAUUGGUUCCGAACAGAAACAUUAAACUAUACCAGGCCUCAUUUGGUUGAGUUAAUAGACUCAACAGACGUUAUUAUUUCGAAUCUGACCUUUCUUAAUUCACCUUUCUGGAACAUCCACCCUGUGUACUGUAGCAAGGUUAUUAUCCAGAAUCUGACAAUUAUUGCUCCUCUUGAUUCACCAAACACAGAUGGGAUUGAUCCAGACUCUUCAGAUGAUGUUUGCAUUGAAGAUUGCUACAUAACCACAGGGGAUGAUCUGAUAGCCAUUAAGAGUGGGUGGGAUGAGUAUGGCAUAUCUUAUGCUCAUCCUAGUACGAAUAUUAUCAUCCACCGACUUGUUGGACAGACUACAUCUAGCUCGGGCAUUGCAAUUGGAAGUGAGAUGUCUGGAGGUGUGUCACAAGUCCAUAUAGAGGAUAUACAUUUCUUUAACUCUAAUAGAGGUAUUUCAAUAAAGACGUCGCGUGGACGGGGAGGUUAUGUGAGAAAUAUAUUGAUAACCGGGGUGAUCUUGUCAAAUCUUAAAGUUGCUAUUAAGUUUAAUGGUAACUAUGGGGAGCACCCUGAUGAGUCUUAUGAUCCAAAUGCUCUUCCUAUAAUAGAAAAGAUCAGCAUUCAAAAUGUUACCGGAGAGAACAUCAAAGUUGCCGGUCUUCUAGAGGGAAUAGAAGGAGAUACAUUUAAACAAAUUUGUCUGUCUGAUAUUAAUCUUGAUGUAAGCUCAAAAUCUCCAUGGACUUGCUCAAAUAUUGAAGGAUUCUCGGACAAGGUUUCUCCAGAUAUUUGUGAGCCGCUGAAAUCGAAAAUAAACCCCGAGUCAAAGUGUUACCGCUUGUCUAAUCACUUGCGGAGUAUUUCUCAAGGUACUUGGAUGGAAUUCUUGUAAAUAUGGUAUACAAAUGCCACCACUUCCCUCAGAAAUGGUUUUGCAAUUGAUCCAAUUCUUGCCAUUUCAGAAAAGUUCUUUCCCGAAUUGCAAAGUUUUCUAUGUAAUUUUUUUGUGCAGAGACAAUAACCAGAGUGAUUUUAUAGAUACAUGUUUUCAUUUCA